AUGGAGAAGGCCGCCUCCGCUGUGGAAACAAACAUACCGAACACUCUCACCAAACAAACAGACACAUCUCCCCUCCUCAUAACCUGGUCCUCCCCAUCCGACCCCACCAACCCGUACAACUGGCCCCUUCCUCGAAAAUGGGCCACCGUCCUCCUAACUUCCCUUGGCGGCCUCGUCACCCUAAUGAGCGGCCCCAUGCUCGCUCCCGCCCUCGAUGCCAUCAGCACCGAACUUUCCAUCAGCUCUGCAGAAGCCACGAUGGCGCUGUCCAUCUACGUCCUCGCCUUUGCUUUUGGGCCGAUGGUGCUGGCGCCGUGCAGCGAGGUGUGGGGCCGGAAGGUGGUGUGGGUGGCCGGCGGGAGCUGGUAUGUGCUGUGGAAUGCGGUGUGCGGUAUGAGUCGCGGAAGGGGACUGUUAAUUGCAGCGAGGCUGAUGGCGGGAUUGGGGGCGAGUGCGGAGUUUGCUGUAUCUGGUGCUAUUGUGGCGGACUGCUUCGACUCAGAUGAGCGGGGAAAGUCGAUUGCUGUGAGGAGUUUUCUGCCGCUGCUUGGGCCGGCGAUAGGCCCCCUCAUUGGUGGCGUGAUGGUGCAGCAGGUCAGUUGGCGGUGGCUCUUCUACACGCUUUCGAUCUUCGCCGCCUUGUUGGUCGUCCUGUUUGCGUUGUUCCUGCCCGAGACACACGCCCAGACUCUCCUGUCUCGGAAAGCGGCGACGUUGCGGAAGGAUACAGGCAAGCCUUUCUAUGCGGAAAAGGACAUAUCCGGCAUGACGAUUGCCGCUCGCCUGAAGAUCACCACGCUUCGGCCGACCGUCAUGCUGUGCACACAGCCGGUAAUUCAGCUCGCGGCAUGUUUGAUGGGCUACCAGUUCGGCUUGUUGUACAUCAUCCAUUCCACGUUCGCGAGUAUGUGGAUUGAUCAGUACGGACAGUCGCAUACUGCGAGCGGUCUUCACUACUUUGCCAUUGUGACGGGGUGCUUGACUGCGCUACUCAUUGAAUGGUGGGCAAUGGAUGCGAUAUGGGCUCGACUGAAGGCGAGCAAUGGAGGAGUGGCGCGGCCAGAAAAUCGUGUGCCAUUGAUGAUACCGGGAACGCUGCUAUUACCGAUAGGCCUCCUAAUGUACGGGUGGGCAGCCGAAAAACGUGCACACUGGGCAGUGGUGGAUGUUGGUGUCGGAGUCCUCGGAUGUGGUUACAUCCUGAGCACAACUGCCGUACAAUCCUACAUCGUCGAGGCAUAUCUGGACUACACAGCGUCUGGCGCGGCCGCGUCACAGCUUCCUCGAAAUGUUUUCGCUUUCUGUUUCCCCGUUUUUGCACCCAGUCUGUACAAUUCCUUGGGAUACGGAUUGGGCAACACGACCCUUGCUGCUAUUGCAACUGUACUUGGGGUUCCGGCGCCGUACAUUCUAUGGCGGUUCGGCGAGUGCUUGAGAAGAAGAGGGAAGACGAUAGAAUAGAUCACGUCAGUGUGUAUCGUUGCUGUCUAGUCGAACGAGAACUCGGUGAUCGCACAUGGUGUGUAGUAGAAAGGACCCAUUGGGCCGUGG